AUGCAUAUUAUUCAUGGAUGUUUUAAAAGUGAUAAUAUACUUGUUGCUAAAAGGAUUAUAUACAAACCACAACUUGACACAUUACGUAGUGGUGCAACAUUACUUGUAAAAGUAGCAAAUUGGGAUUUUGCAAUUCGAAAUACUGACGGAACAAAGUAUGGUGGACAGUAUAUCAACGAGAAAAAAGUUGUCACCGAUGGCUAUUAUACAUGUGAACCUUGGAAUUAUGAAAUUGAUAGAAUGGGUUUUGCGAAUAUUGUAAGUGAGCUAAUUUGCAACCAAACAUUGCGCUAUUUAAGAUGCAAAAAUGGAAGCUAUAUUCCUCUUUUAAAUUUGAAAAGGAAUUGGUCCAUGUAUGAACUUUGGUCCGAUUUAUUUUAUAAAUGUUUGAAAAUGGAAUUAUAUAGUUGGGAUGAAUUGAUUGACGUAUUGGCGGAAGCAAUAGAUACUUCUAUUGAUGAAAAUGGAGAUCAAUGGAUAAGAUCAACCGCUGAAUACAAUGUUCUUUUUCGAGAAUUGUUCAGAAAAAAUUCGCAAUUCUAUCCUUGA